UACGAUAAAAUUAGAAAAUUUUAAUCAGGGACUCAGAAGUCAGAGGAAAAACGUAACACAUUCUUCUUAUUUAUAUACAGUAAAGCACGAAAAACUCGCUGUAGUGCGUGACUGAAAGUCUAAGAAAACAAUACAAUCUGGUAAUAAUAAAACAAUCAAAUAUUAAGAAUGAAUGGGCGCAUAAAUGAUAAACAGAGACCAAUCUACCAUCUACACAACUACAUGUAUGUAUACAUAUAUGUAUAUGUAUGUAUAUAUGCAUCUACCAAUCCAAAUGGCACCUCGUCUUCUCAAACUUGGUGGCCGAUGCGACGGAUUUCAAUGGAACAGUGAGAUGGCAUUCAAUUUUGGGCUUCUUCCCUAUCUUAACCUUGAUCCAUCUCCUAAGCUUCAGCCUGAUUUUCAAUCUCAGCUUCACAUCAAUUUCGUAGGCCCCUGCGUUCUUCUCGCCGUCGUAGCUCCGCCUAUCUCCGGCGUCGAUAGAAACAACCUGCGAGCCCGUAAAAGGCUGGAUCUUGAAGGCGGUGGUGUUCUUGUGGCCCUGGUAGAACGCCGCCACGUUCUGGUGGGUGGAAAGCCGUUGACCCUUGUAGAACGCCGAGGCUUCGAUCGAAUCGUAGUAGACGCCGAUCCGUUUGUUCGGGUUCCGGACGGACACGUCGACGGCGAGGUUGUAGCGGAGGGUGUUGUUGGCGAGGUCGAACUGGGUGAGGGUGGCGUCGUCGACGUAGAAUUUGAGCUGGUUCGGGCGGAGGACGAGCCAGAGCACCACCGCCAACACGCCCAGAAUGACGACGGCGGUGCAGAUGAGCUGGCAGAUGCAAUUGUAGAUGCAGCUGCAGAGGCAGCUGAUGGGGUUGCAGCCUCCGCCGCGGGUGCUGUGGCGGUGGUAGGUGUUCGCUUCCUUCAUGGCUCAAUUAAUAAAGUAAAUGGUGUACUCGAUGAAAUUGGAGCAGAAAUAAGCCUCGGUUUUAUGGUAAUAAAUUGCUGGUAUUAUAAGAUGAG